GGGAAUCAGUAGCGGCCAACGUCUCCUCAACCCCCAGAGCAGAUACUGUCAUCACAUUUCCACAGCCCAGUGUGCAAGAAUUUUAUAGUCAUUGAAAAUUAGCUAAAUUUGUUUCGAGUUUUUCAUUUGUUUUCCUCCAAAGGUAGCGGAAAGAUGCAAUUUUCUAAGAUCCUCGUGUUCAUCGUCGUAGGCGCGGCAUUCCUGCUCUUCGGGAAUUCUGAUGGAACAGUUGUGAUCAAGGAGCAGUCUAGUGGAAUCACUUUGCAGUGUCCAAAUGCUGGAGAAUGGGAGAAGGACGGAGUGAGCUUGGCAGGGAAAAUGGACAAUGGGAAUGUGAAACUGACAAGGCUUUCAGACACCGAUACUGGAGAAUAUACCUGCAUUGAUGGCCAACAGAAGUCCUCUGCUUUUGUGUUUGUCAAACUUUGCAAGAACUGUGUGCAGUUGGACCCUAACACCAUCUCUGGAAUUGUGAUUGGAGACCUUAUUGCCACCAUCUUUAUCGCUGUGGCCAUUUACUGUGUGGUAUCUUCAAACAAGGCUUCUGGCAAUAGGAGUAUUUCCCAUAACAAUGAUCUCUAUCAGGAGCUUGCAAAUCGUAGAGGAAGCUCUGAAUACAGUCAGCUUACUCCACGCCUGAAAAUAUAAAAAUGGGAUUCAAAGACUUUCAGCCAAGCAGCUUUUAGUUAUUAUGUACUUACUGCUUUUGCUAUUUUUUUUUGUUAAACCAUUUUUAAGAAGCUAUUUCGCAAACAAAAGCAAAAAAUUGUAUUAAACUGUUAUGUUAGAUGGUAGGUGUGUAAAUUCUGUUAUACAAGACCGCUCUAUACAAUAGUCUCCAUUCCAGCUUCUUAAUGAGGUGGCUAAAAUGUAAUGUCCUUGAGUGGGGCAUCCCCUCAGAACUAAAUGCCAGAGCAUCUUCCUGCUGUAUGCCUGGAUGGCCAACAAAGGGCUGAGAAUGAAGAGUAUACAGGAACAGCUCAGAAAGAACAGCCUGCAGUUGUGCUGUUUGGGGAAUUUGUGUUCAGACUUCAGCCUUGUUGCUUAUGCUGGAAACUCCAGAGCAAGUGUGACAUUGUAGUUGUAUAAUUUCAGUGAGGUCUUUUUGUGGAUGAGUAACUUACUGGGCUAAAAAUGCAAAGUGCAAUUUCUCCAAAUCAGUCUGGCUUAUGGUAAUAAGUACACCAUUUUGUAAUUGGUAGGGCUUAAAUCUUUCAGUUUCAUGCCCAAUGUUUUCCACAACAGCUACUUCAAAACUAUGUGGACCUCAGAUUAUGUAUGCCUUCAGUUCAAGAAUGUGACUUUUAAAAAGCAACUAUUAUACAUAGAAUAUUGACUAACUGGAAUGAAAACAGAAAAUUCUGCAAAAGCUCAGCAGGCCAGGCAGCAUUUGCAAGGAGAGAAGCAGAGUUAACAUUUCAAGUCAAAGACCUUUCAUCAGAAGCAAAAGAAACAUUAACUUUGUUUCUCUUUCCUAUAGAUGUUGAAUGUUCAAACAUGCCAUUUUGAGUUGGUUUGACGAUAUAAGUGUAAUAUCUUAGUAGCUAAGGUUUAAUUCUAAGUUCAUAAUCCAUCUCUGUGGCUGCAUUGUAGUAGAAGACUUGAAUGAGUAAAGGUAGCAAGCUUUGCUUGGAAAAUGAUGUGGUAAAGCAUGUUCCAGCUGUAUUUUUGAAGGCAUUUGGUCUCGGAGUGGUGAUGAAAUGGAAGUCAAAGGAAUAGUGUGAAGAAAUGAACAAAAUCUGUGCUUUAGAAUACAGACAUGUGCUGCUUCAGAUUUUUGAAUUACAAGCAAGUGAUCUUUACAUUGUAACUCUUCCUCAGGAAAGUAUUCUGAUAUUCACAAGAUAGCAAAACCCCAGAUGUACGAGUAUCUUCCCCUGCCAUAUUGUAAGUGAAAUAUCUGGUACAAAGUGAGUUUGUGAGAAACCAAAUAGGAAGCUACUGAUAAGAGAUACUGCUGCUGCUGUGCGACUUUAAGAAAACAAGUUGUGAUGUUGUCAAUAAGUUUGGCUCACAAGAUAACAUUUUGUGAGAGAAGAGCUUUAUGAUAGUGGUUAGAAUGCAGUGAACUUUUGUUAACAUGGACUUGUAGAGAAGCAAGCAAUAGUUAGCUUUCCAGGAUAGAAUAAUUGGUUUAUUAUUGUCACAAGUACUAGGGGAACUUUGUUUUGCAUGCCAUUCAUAUAGAUCAUUUCACAACAACAGAGCAUCAAUGUAGUACACGGGGGAAGCAAUAACAAAAUAUAGAGUUACAAUUACAAAGUGCAGUGUAGGCAGACAAUAAGGUGCAAAGUUAUGAUGAGGUAGACUGUGAGGUUGAAAAUCUGCAUAAUAUACAGAAUCUGUACCAAACCUAUCUAGCCAUUCUUGUCUAUAGCAAAGGCACUGCUUCCAUAACUGCUGCAUGAGUUAUACUUUGCUGGUUGCUCUGCCUUGUCUUCUCAAAACUUUUUGUCCAUGGUUCCACGUAUUUCAUAGCAGGAAUCAUUUGUAGCUUUUUGAUUGAGACCAAUUAAAUAAAAUAUCUGUGAAUUUCA